AUGGACAACCGCACUAAGGAGGGACACCCUCCCCAAUCUGCUGGCUCCCGCUCUCCCCGUCCAGCCACAGACUCCUACAGACCGGGCGACCAACAAAAACACAGAAGCAUGGAAGGGGACACAGCGUCAGACAGACCAAACCAACCGCCCGCGCCAGUAUCCAAGCGCGAGAGAAUGCAGGAGAGACACCAGCGUCGCAAGCGUGGCCGAACACCUCCAUCAGUAUUCCCACGACGGAAUCGCUCCCGCAGCCCAAAUGGCUCAACGCCGCGCGACGACAGAGAGAGACGACGCUCUCGAUCGCCUCUAGCGCCCCGUUCUCCUUCACCCGACGCACCUCGCCAGCGCAAGCGCCCAGGCGGAGGUGCGCGCCAGGGUCUUGCAGACCGUGAAACACUCCGGCGGAGACAGGAGGAGCGCGAGCGCGCAGAGCAGGAUGAAGCAAUGCGCAACUCCCGUGAUCGCGGCGUGACAGAUGUGGUUCGGCAGCAUUACAACGCGGUCCCUGAGCGUGGCCGCGAGUGGCGGAAAACUGAAAGCAAGAUUAAGGGUCUCCGGAGCUUCAACAAUUGGGUAAAGAGUACUCUGAUUCAGAAGUUCUCGCCGGACGAGGAAUUUGCCGCGAGGUUUAAUGAUACCAAGGAAUGGGCGGAUGACAGUACGGGACCCCCGCCUGUUGAUGACAAGCGGCUGCUGGUGCUGGACCUGGGUUGUGGCAAGGGCGGUGACCUGGGCAAGUGGCAGCUGGCGCCGCAGGCUGUUGACCUCUAUGUUGGUCUGGACCCUGCCAAUAUCUCUAUUGAGCAGGCACAGGGCCGGUAUGACCAGAUGCGCUCUGGUCGUGGCCAGCGAGGCCGUCGUCCACCCCAGCCGAUCUUCCAUGCUGAAUUUUACCCGAAAGACUGCUUUGGAGAGUGGCUGGGUGAUGUCAACAUCAUUCAACAGGUUGGUAUUGAUGCGAAUGCCGGACCUGGUGGGUCGAUCAUGGCAUCGCGCUUUGGUGGUGGUGGCUUCGACGUCGUCACAUGCAUGUUCGCCAUUCACUACGCCUUUGAAAGCGAGGAGAAGGCUCGCCAGAUGCUCAGAAAUGUUGCAGGCUGCUUGAAGAAGGGCGGUCGCUUCAUUGGCGUGUGCCCCAACUCCGAUGUCAUCACCAGCCAGGUUUCCAACUUCCACAAGAAGCGUAAGGAGCGCGAAGCGGCCAAGCCUGCUGAGCCCGAGGGCCCUGAGGAUGGCGAGGUUGAGGAGGAUGAGCGGGCCUCGUGGGGCAAUGAUAUCUACCGAGUCCAGUUCCCUGGUGCCACACCCGAGGAUGGCGUCUUUCGUCCGCCCUUUGGUUGGAAGUACAGCUAUUUCAUGCGGGAGGCAGUUGAGGAGGUGCCUGAAUACGUUGUUCCCUGGGAAGCUUUCCGAGCUUUGACCGAGGACUACAACCUUGAGCUACAAUACCGCAAGCCUUUCUUAGAUAUAUGGGAAGAUGAGAAGAAUGACCGCGACCUGGGUCCGUUGAGUGAGCGCAUGGGUGUGCGGGACCGCUCGACUGGUGCCCUCGCAAUGACAGAGGAGGAGAAGGACGCCGUUAGCUUUUACCAUGCAUUCUGCUUCUAUAAGGUCUAA